CCUCAACCUCAACCUCAACCUCAACCUCAACCUCAACAUCGAGUAUAUCACCACGCGAUUCCUUCUUCCCGCCGGUGUGCUGUACUGUCUAUUUCCGACUAUGACGACACUCCUGCGCACACUCAUCGCGUCCCCCCGUCUCCCACACGCCGCCAGCAACCUAGACCUAUGCUACGUCUCGACCUCAUCACCGUGCAUAAUCGCCAUGUCGAUGCCGGCGGUCUCGUAUCCACACAUGCUAUACCGCAACCCUUCCAGCGCAGUCCUGCGCUUCCUGAACGGCGCGCACGGCACAGACUGGGCAAUAUUUGAGUUCCGCGCGGAGGGAACGGGGUAUACGGACGCCGAGCUCGGCGGUAGGGUCUACCACGCGCCCUUUCCGGAUCAUCAUCCCCCGCCGUUCGCGCUUGUGCCUAGGGUCGUGGGGAGUAUGCGGGAGUGGUUGGCCGGAGGAGCGGAUGGAGGGGGGGAGAGGACCGUGGUCGUCCAUUGCAAGGCCGGCAAGGGCCGCAGCGGCACGAUGAGCUGCGCCCUGCUCAUUGCCGAGUACGGCUACACGGCGGAGAGGGCGAUGGCGCGGUACACGGAGGCGCGCAUGCGCAAGGGGUUCGGCGAGGGGGUGAGUAUCCCAUCGCAGCGGCGGUGGGUGGGGUACGUCGAGGCGUGGACGGGGAAGUACGGGAAGCGCUAUGUGGAGCGGCGGGUACGCGUGCAUGCGCUGCACAUCUGGGGGUUGCGCCAGGGCGUGCGCGUCGCGGUCCAGGGCUUUGUCGAGCAGGGACGCGAGAUAAAGACGUUUCAUACGUUCGGGAAACAUGAGCGAAGGGAGAUCACGGGCGGGACGGCGCCAGACGCCGCGGAUGUCAUCCUCGAGCCAGAGAAUUCCCUGUGGCUGCCUAGCAGCGAUGUCAAUAUCGACUUUGAGAAGCGGUCGUCGAAGAUCGGCGCAAUUGGCCUCGCCGUCGUCACGAGCAUCGCUCACGUCUGGUGGAAUGCUUAUUUUGAGGGAGAGGGAGGCGAGAAAGAGAGUGGGGUUUUCGAAAUCGCGUGGAAGGAUAUGGAUGGGAUCAAGGGCACGCUGCGGAAGGGGACGCAGGCGUUGGAUAGGCUGCAGGUGGUGUGGAGUGUCGAGAGGGAGGGGGAGAUCGUAGUUGAGGAGCCGGAGAGGGGCGAGGCUGUCGAAAGUCUGCAUAGGGGUGAAGGGGAUGGGAGUGUUCACUCGAAGGGCCUGGGGGUGAAGUGGGUGCAAGGGGAGGAGGGGAAUGAGGACGACCUGGUUGGUGAAGGCGAGACUGCGAAGCCGGAUACUGCGAAAGCGGAUACUGCAGCCGCAGCAGUGGAAACGAAGGUCAUCACGAGUGGCACGUUGAUUGUGGAGGAGGGCGGCGAGGAGCCAUAUACCGUUAAGGAAUCCAAGAUCGGGGCCGUCAAGCGGUCGUCGGUGGUGGAUGGUUGA